AUGCUGCCCAUGGAGGUACUACACCAAAUAGCAAAGUGGCUACAAAAGGACAAGACAUCUCUCGCUCCCUGCACUUCUGUAUGUCGCUUUUGGCGGGCGGCUUUUGAACCCCUCGUCUAUCGCAGCAUAUGUGUCUAUAGUGAUGAUGAGUACAAACAGGAGGGGCAGCGUGGAGUUUCCCUUGAAAGCUUCCGAAAGCUCACAUCGGGCGAUCGUGCUAUACGGCGAACCUGGAUUCGGGAUCUAGAGUACAGUAUUCUCAUUCCCUACGAAUUGUCAGACUGGACCACACGCAAAACAGGGAAUGCGGAAGCUUACAGUGUAGACAACCCUGUCAGAAAGGCCAAUGAUCUAGCCUUCCAGCAGGCUAUGGUUGAUCUUUUCCAAGAGCUUCAUUUAUGGAACCAGACCUUGCGUUUGGAAUUGGAUCUAGUUAUCCGAGGACGUCGAGUUGACCCUGCACCAGAACCACAUACUGAAUACUAUUGGGCCGCCCGGGAUUACAAUCCUAAAUAUCCAGAUGGCCGCAGGUUCUUCACCCCACCUUAUAGAGCGCAAUUUGUCCAGCCCAUGCCGGAUCUCGUAUCUAUUCCGUGCAUCGAGAAGCUCUCUUUCCCAAAUGAAAAUUGGCCUGGGGGUAGGCAUCAUCAGAUUUGGCCUGAGGCAAUUCAAACAAUCAUCCAAUGCUGUCCAACAAUAUCCGAGCUGGCGCUAAAUCUUGACGAAUGGGUCCGUCCGGAUCAUUUGGAGUUUAUACAAGCACGUCGUACGGCGUCAGGAUCCCUUAUUGAGUCUAUCCCAAAGAGCCUACGGGUACUAGACUAUGACGGACCAGGGGACGACAACUGGAAGUUUACUCUGCCGCAACUCAAUCUCAUCCCUUCGGGGGUUGAUAGUGUGAGCGUCAACUUGCGAGACCUCAGUGUCCAACUCCGUGAAUUAAGGUUUAAACGGAGCGCUAUUGAGUAUGACUUUCUAUAUCCCUUGGAUAGAGAUGGCAAGCCAGAGCCAAGCUCGCUACACUGGCCCCAUCUGGAGAUCUUGGAGAUUGAGUAUGUGCGACCCUGGCUACCAUCAGGAGAAUCGGUUUACAGCUACACAGCAGAGGACCAGGCCAUGAUCGACGAAAUCGACGACUGGGACAUGGAGCUAAGUGAUCCCGAACGGGGAUGGGACCGACCAUCGGAGAUGAUUGACGAACAUUUCCACCGGGUUUUCAUAUCGAUGGGCUAUGCAGCCCAGCAUAUGCCCAGGUUGAAAUUUCUGAAUUUUGAAAAUGACACUCGGUAUCCGUUUUAUCUUUAUUUCCAGAAGAUCGCCGACAAGACCACCCUUGUGUGGGGGCGUUAUCCCAUACUUCGGCCAGAUGAGCGAGGUCUCAAAGCCUGGAAUAUCGACCCGGACGACUUGAAGCUCGACAUCGAGGACAAGGAUAAUACGUCUGUAGUGCUGAAAAACUGGCCACCUCAAUCAUAUACCUAG